AUCAGUCGUAAAUUUACAGUAGUUGUUUCCAUUGUCAAAAAGUUUUGUUGCGUGCAUCGUAGCUGCGCGCGUGGCCGAUCGAGGAAGAAGACUUUUGUGCCUUCCACGCCGGGCACUGCCACUCUAUCAUGAUCAAAUUAUUCUCGUUAAAACAGGCGAAAAAGGAUGGCGAGUCUCCGAAAACUGGCACCCAAAAAAAGGCAUCUGCAGCACAACUGAGAAUCACAAAAGACAUAAAUGAGCUCAAUCUUCCAAAAACAUGUGGGACAGAGUUUCCUGAUCCAGAUGACCUCCUCAGCUUUAAGCUAAUUAUUUGCCCAGAUGAGGGAUUUUAUAGAGGUGGCAGAUUUGUUUUUAGUUUUAAAGUUGGGCCAAAUUAUCCACAUGAACCACCUAAAGUAAAAUGUGAAACACAAGUUUAUCAUCCUAAUAUUGAUUUGGAUGGCAAUGUGUGUCUGAAUAUUUUAAGAGAAGAUUGGAAACCAGUCCUUACAAUUAAUUCUAUUGUCUAUGGAUUACAAUAUCUUUUUUUGGAACCAAAUCCAGAAGAUCCAUUGAAUAAAGAUGCUGCAGAGGUUCUGCAAAAUAAUAGGAGAGCGUUUGAGCAGAAUGUAGUAAAAGCUAUGAGAGGUGGCUAUGUUGGCUCAUUUUGUUUUGAACGGUGUCUCAAGUGACAUAACUUUCACUACCUCCGAGGACACACUGAGGAAAGAGAUUGAGAGUAGAACUCCUCCCUGCUUUGAACGCGUUCCUCUCGUCUAUCUCGUUCGUUCUAACGGGCCUCUCUGCGUCUUCACGAGUGCUUCGUACCUUUGGUCAAUAAACCGUCGGUAAAAAUGCUACCGAUGCGCUGUUUACUCGGAGUUGUGGGAUACUUUUUCUUUUUUAUUUUUCUUUUUCUCAAAUGUAACGAAGUAUUGAAAUUGCAUUUACGUUUGUAAGUUUUUUAUUUAAUUAGUAAUUCAUUGGCAAAUGUAAUUAAAGUGAAAAGCCUAUUCUCGAUUAGCGACUGUAAAAGUUUUCUUUAAAGGGCACAUUUGUGAGUGAUCAUAAAUUGCUGCUACCUUACCAAAUAUAUUUUUUAUACGAUCAA